AUGAAUAAAUUUUCUCUAUAUUUACUAUUUCUUUUUUUUUAUGUUGAAAUAUGCACUUGCGAAAAUAAUAGUAAAGAUGCAACGUUUUCAGACAACGAAUUAGAAAAAAUAGGGGGAAGUGCAGGUGAUAUUAUUACAAGCUCUUCAAGAUUACCGUACUCAGAAAAUAACCAUCCUCCCAACACAAACAUUUCCGGAGAUAUAUUAAGGGGACUAAAAAACAUUCCGCCUCCAACUGUUGAAUUAAAAGAAAAAACAUUAAUUGAUCCUGAUAUUAUUUGUGAAAGGGAUUACAACUUACCUUGUCCAGAUGACUAUAAUUAUAUAGGGGAUAUUCAUGAACCAGACGAUGAAAUAUGUGCACCAUCAUCAACAUAUGAUGGCCCAUGUAUAGGUGAAGAGUUAAAUGUAAAACACAUGUCUGCAAAAACAAAAGAAAGUUGGUCCAAAAAAUGCCAAGCAUUUUGGCCUUGCCGAAAAUGUGUCAGAAAUUUUACGUCAUUUUGUCCAGAAAAAUGGAAUAAGAUAGAGGGUACAAUAAGAUCUUGUAAACCAUCGAUGUUGUACACUGGCCCUUGUAAUUUUCAAAUGAACUUUUCUGGGUAUAAUAUUAGAAUGUUAGAAGAAUGGAGUUUAAAAUGUGAUGCUUGGUGGAUGUGCGAUCAUGUAAAUUUAUUGGGUGACUGUCCUGACAGCGAUGUACCUAUUACAGCAGCUGCUACGAGGUGGAGAUUAAAGAAAAAUUAUCAGUGA